GAUGAAAAUACAAACAUGUUUAUAGAUAUUAGAACUUCCCUUUUUGCUAUAUAUUUAUUUUUAAUAGGUGAUUCAAGUGCAUUAUCUAAUUGGUCAUAUGCAGGCAAUCCAUCAAUUGCAGUUUUGAUUGUUUUAUUCUCCCUCUUAAUUGUUGUAUAUCUUAUGAACUUGUUAAUUGGAUUACUUAAUAAUGCAAUUGAAGAAGAUAAUAAUAGAAUCUCGUAUUUGAUACAAAAAGCAGAACAAACAUGGUUUCCUGAAGUAAUACAUUAUUAUGCUGAUAUUGAUAAGACUCGAAGAGAAGUUGAAAGAUUGAUUAAAGAGGGUAAAUGGGAUACUAAGGAAUUUGCAGAGAUGAGGGAAAAAUUAUUAAAAGAACUUCAAAUUAAACAUGAUCCUAUUAACAAUGAGGUGGUAUUGAAGAAAUUAUCAGUAUUAGAAGGUAAAUUAGAGAAAUUAGAGAAAUUAGAGAAAUUAUUGGAAGAAAUACAUGCAAAAUAAUUUUAAUAU